UCAGUUUCGGUUCGAGCGUAAGAAUGAGAACAUUGUUCGGGUGCUGGAGGCCUUCGAGGUUAGCAUGGUUGGUAGUGUUAGAAACACUUUACGUUACCAGCGAGCUCAUUCCAAUCGAUCUCUCUAUCUUUGGAACCACUCUGUACCGCUUGAUCGAUACAUCCGUAGAUUCACUCGUUCGCAAUCAUGACCCAUUGUCGGAGCGCGAGCCCUGGGAGCUGGGUAAUCUUGUUGGUGGAGAUAUGAGACUUCCAAGGCCUCGGUAUCAGAAUGCGCUGGCUGGACCUCCGGAUGCGGCUUACCGUUGGCCAAAUGCGACUGUGGUCUAUUCGAUCGAUGGAAGCUUUAACUCGUCUGAAUUGGAGUUUAUUAGUGGAGCUAUGCGAGAGUUCGAACGUUACACCUGUGUUCGGUUUCGACGACGACGUACGAAAGAGCCCGGACUGGAUGUUGCUUACGUUUCGAUCGACAACUCUGACGCUGGCUGUUGGAGUGAUGUGGGCCGAGGUGUUGAACGGACCUUUGUGAAUCUUCAGCCAGGGUGUGCCAAUUCUUUAACAACUCCUGUGCAUGAGUUGAUGCAUACUCUCGGCUUCUAUCACGAACAUAAUCGGCUCGAUCGUGAUCGUUACAUUACGGUCCUUUACAGCAACAUGCUACCGGAUGAGUCCCUGCAGAGCAAUUUCGAUCUGGUUGAUCCAAAAAACACAACCACCUUUAACGUACCGUACGAUCUGGGCAGCAUCAUGCACUAUCGGAAGGAUGCGUUUUCCAAACAACCAACCGUACUGGACACAAUGCGUGCCAAAGUGCCCUGGGAAGGGGAACUCGGACAGCGGGACACCCUCUCGUGGUACGAUGCUUUGCUGAUCAACAUCAUGUACUGUGGUGUGCAGAUACCGGUGGAACCACUACCGAUUCCGUCACGCUGGAUACCAGCCCGGGCUCACGGGCGUAAGGAUCGAUUCCGGUAUCGACGCGUAUUGCGAGACCGAGCAGGUCACUAAACCUUGUUUUAGGUUAGCCACUUUACAAGUUGUUGCGACACUAAUGUAAAUGAAUGGUAAUAGAUCGGUUGAUGGGUUUAUGCGAUGUGUGUUACCUACCGGA